AUGUCGUUAAGGGUACGGAUUGACUUCCCACAGAAAACUGUAUUUGUGCUUGGAAUUGUUCUUUCAAUAUUUGGCAUUGCAAGCAUCAUUGUUGCUGUCGUAGCCUUCAGUGAGAAAAUAUGGGGACAUUAUCUGGGCACAGGAUUAUGGUGCGGUAUAUCAAUGUUUUUGACGGGCCUUAGCGGCGUGGUUGCUGGGCAGUUGCGAAGGCCCUAUAUUAUCAAAACCUAUUUGAUUAUGUCCGUCAUCUCAGCCUGUUUGUCAGCAGUAAUGUUGGUUUUAUCAGCUGGUGGCUUGGAUUAUGACAGUAAUUUCUACAAGCACAGCUUCUCAUAUAAGAAGUACCCUAAAGAGUCAACAACUAUCAUCCAUGUUUUUUCCCUCUGUUUAGCCAUUUUUGGUUUUGGCGUAUCUUUGGCAUCUGUUGGUGUCUGCAUCAAAUAUCUUUUCUUUGAAAAAGCCAACAGUAAUUCUUCACACCAGAACUCCCGAGAAAUCCACAACUUGAUGUGCACCAGCAAUGGAGGACGUCUUCGAGAUCUUCCAGGAUUGCGUACUCCUCUUCGAGAGCGUAGCUUUACAAGGUCAACAUCUCCCCGAGAAUCCACGUCUAGCCGUAUUCCAUUGCGGGAGAGUGAGACUGUUGCAGCAUCAACUUCACACACAACCCGUUUUCACUCUCCUCGCCAUGGUCCGUCUAGUAGUCAUGGCAACCAGUCUACCAAUACAUCCUCCUCAGAGACAUCUCGGUUCUUACCUUUGGAGCAAUCUGGCUCAAGACGUGAUCAGCAUUGUCAGGAUUCCCGACGUGAGCAUGUCGACCUUGCACGGCGUAUGGCAGAUCGUGACAUGGGAACACCUUCUUCUGUUCGGAGUGAUUACUCCCAAGGAUCAUAUGUAGCAGCUGUAGAAAUGAUGCCAGCUGCUUCAUCAGAUUUUCCUCCACAGUAUGAUGAUCUGACUCCCAAUAUAUUUGGAGAAGACGAGCUCCCACCUUAUGAGGAAGUGAUUCGGGAGCUCACCGACAGCAGUGAUGGUGAGACAGCCAGCGAUGUUGAUCUGCAUCAGGAGCGCUAUGUUAAUUGCCCUGUAGCUUCUGAUCCACCCCAAGCAUCUGCCGAUGUACCACCAAAAUUGGCUGUCGUUGCCGCGGCUGCUUUGUGCAAAGAUGACACCCAGUCUCACAGACCCAUGUCUUUUGUGCAGAGCAGUUCAGCUCCCCCAUUUCCAACUUCCAUCAUAGAUAAGCGUAAAAGCGAACCUCAAAUGUCCAAAAAUGUCUGCAAACCCUCACCUACAGAUAAAACAACAGCAGCAAAUGGCCUGAAGACAUCUGAGAGCCAUGCAGGAAAUCUUCUAACAUAUGCUGCUGUAGCAGAAGCUACAACAAGUGGUAGUAAUAAGUUACCAAAAACAGUUGCUGAAUUAUCUGUUGGUCAUAAUCCGCAGGGUGUAACUUACCAUGACUUUUCUGGAACAAACCUUAAAUGUUGUAAUCACUGUUCCUCCCAUGCAUCAGAAGAAAAUACAGUGACAGGGGCUCAAAAGUCUAAAAAUCAACACAAAUCUACAAAUUGUGAGGGGAUCAAAAGUGAUCGGGAGUAUAUCAUUCUUCAGGAUUCGUAUGAAAACUGUUCCCAAGGAGCGGGCAAGGAUUCCUCUAAUGCAGACCUUCCCCCAAUUGGUUCUCAUUUCUCGGUACAUUCUUCCAAGAUGUCGUCUCCCACCAAAGGUUCAUUGCUCCCUCCAUCUCCACAUCACGGAGACCAACACAGUCGUUCACAAAAUAAAAGAAGUCAUCCAGCAUCACUGUUGGCUAAGUGUGAGCCUGCAAAAGUCUCAAGUAACAGUACAGCCACUGAGAGCACGGAUAAUCCACGUGGCCGAUCAAGUUCACAUUCAGAACGCAGUGGUGUCAAACUGGUGCCACUACCAAAAGAUGUUCUCUCAUCAGGGGGUCGAUCAAAGCCAACAUCAUAUUACAAUCGAAACAAGAGGGAACUUAUCCUCCCUGCUAAGGAGUUUGAUCCCCUACCUGCAAGCAUGAAGGUUGCAGAAAAAUUAUCUCUGAUGGGAAGCCCAGAAAAACACCGAACUAACAGUGAGCUUGUCCACUCACGCAGUAAACAACUUGAUUGUUCCCAACACAAAUCUGACAGCAAGCAUCAAAAGUCGAAAGAAGACAAAAAUAAAGAUGCACUGUUGGUGUGUCGGCCAAAAGCAAGGAUUGAUAGUACCAAAAGUGGAAUGGUAAGAUACAGCUCUGACCGAUCACAACGAAAAUUCAGCACAUCUCAAGCUGAGAGAAUGCAUCAGUUUCGUUGGUCGGAUAGCAAAAAACGCAUCCCUCUUCCUCAAAAGUUGCCCUCCACCGUUCGUGACUGGGAUGCCAGUGACCAUUCUCAGCAGCAGCAGCAGCAGCAACAACAACAACAGAAAAUUGUUGCCGAGUUUUCCCCUGCAUCUAUUUUCCAGUGUCCUCCAAAUUCACAGUCAACAAAUCUGUUGCGCAGCCAUGAUAUCAAAAAGGUAUCACCCUCACUGGGACGCAAAGGGAUAAGUUCUAAUCAUCUCCCUUCCAGUAAGAGCAUGAAUCCAAGAGAUGAAAUUCAUGUGGCACCGGAAGAUAUCCUCAACAUCCGAAGUAAGCCAGAUCGUGAUGGAUCAGCAUUUGUUGUUCCUGGUAAUGUCUCCCCAGAAGUCCGCUACGUUCCAAGGUUAUUCCACAAGUCUCCGCAGAAGAGCUGCAGUAGCUCACAAGAACCUCCACGCUUAGCCACUGUGGUAACAACAGUGCCAACCACAUUGGCUAACUUCUCUUCAACAAGCACCUCCACCAUCACCAGCAGCUUAAAUUCUGCAGACAGUGAGGAAGAUGAUCAUGAUGAUAGCGAACCUCUUUAUAGUAAUGACCCACCACAUCGUGAAACUCCUUCAGCCCCACCCCAGAUGACUGCUUCAAGUUCAGACUCUUCUGAUCUGAAAGAACCAUCUGAGGAAACUACUCUCCCUCUGAAAAUGGAAGAUGAUUAUGCUACAGCUACUUCGAGAAAGAUUCUUCCAGCCGAACAGGCAUACAUGAACAUUUCUGAAGCUCACACUGUGAUUGUUCCAAUGGCACGUAUCUCUCCGUUGACUGUAAAUAAAUCCACUGAUGAAAUCCAAACAGCCAUGGCUAAUCUUCCCUCUUCUCCUCUUGCAACAAACUGCAGAAUUUCACUGGACGAUAGCCUUCUUCUCAGAACCAAGAAACUGACAACAGCGGCUACUGUUCAUAAGAGGCGGUCUGACAACGUCUGUACUACCAAAUUGUUGAAGUGUUAUCCAUCAUCAGACAUUGAUUUAGCCAAAGUCAAAGGCUCACGGUCAACACCAUCAUUGUCAUCCAAUGCCACUGCACUUUCCUCACCUCCCUUACUUUCAGUAUGGCGGCAUUCUGAACAAAUUGUAAAUACAGUUCAUCAGCUGCCAGACUCUCAGGAACAGGUGGCCUGUAAACCAGUUGAGUCUAGUGUUGAGAUUUCAGGUGCUGAAGCAAAAGCUGCUACACAACCAAGACAAGAUGGCACUGAAGAAACAGAACCAACAGUGUCAACAUCUGUGUCGGACAAUAAUACAAGUCAGCAGUCAGACAGUUCUGGAACUGCUGAUGCUGCUUCAGCUUCUGUUGUUGCCAAUGGCAAUAAUGGAAUCGGUGAUGCUCCUGCAGGGGCAGAACAGGAAGGAGCUGCAGUAGUAAAUGUUCGGGAUGUUGCUGCAGAGGCAAAACCUAUGUACAGCUUACUUUUGUAA